AUGUCUUCCAACGAUAAGAAAAAAGCCCCCAAGGCUCCCGCGCCUUCUUCCGCUGCCCAAGCGGCCGCCCAGGCACCUGCUGCCGCGAAGCAUGAUGCCGCUGCCGCCGCCGAAAAGGUGAAAUCUGACGCUCUUAAGGCGGCCCAUGUGGUGGGCGAAAAGGCGCAAGAGGCCAAGGAAUCUGCCUCCAACACCAUCAAGAAUGCCACCAGCGGAUCCGCCGGCGCAGGUGCUCCCUCUGGACACUCUUCCGGAGCCUCUGUGCCUUCUGGAGCCGGGUUUACCUCCACUUCUGGCUCUGUGACCAAACCGGACCUUAAGGCCAGCACUCACGCCCCCGCUGCGGAGGUGGAUGCCGCGACCGCCCGAGACGAGGCCACCAAGGCCCGGAUUCUCGCGCACAUGAACCAGGACCACAAACUGUCGCUCAAGGACUACCUGUACCACUACGGCGGAGUGACGGCUACGGCACAGAUUGCGUCGGUGACUCUGGUGGACAUUACCUCGUCGGCGCUGGUGCUCAACUACUCGCUGGAGUCGGACCACCUCAAUCUGCGAACCCUGUCGAUCCCCAUCAAGCCCGAGCUCGCCUCGCUGGCCGACGCCCGAGAGGUGCUGGUCAACAUGGCCAAGACCGCCGCUGGCGCUCGGGGUUACUCACCCUUCCAGAUCAAGGAGUUCAAGUGGGUGUCGGGCCCGGAUAUUCUUGUCCCCGCGGCUGUGCUCUGGACCGUUGUGGGCCUCGCAGACCCCAACCUCGUCUACAAGAACCCCAAGUCGCCGUUUGUGAUUCUCGUCAACCUGCUGCUUAAGGCCAUUGGACCCCUGCUGCCGUUUGACCGAGACCUCAUUCCCCAGAUUGCCAUCAUGGCCAUGGGCGAAAUCAAGCGACGUCGAAAGGACAUUGUUAAGUGGACCGUCAUCAUCCACAUUCUCGAGUCCUUCUUCUUCAUGCGGCCCAUUCUCAACAAGUACCGAGUCGCCAACCCCACAAAGCUCUACUGGUACAUUGCCUGUAUGAUUGAGGGAUUCCCUUCCCUUAAGAGAAUCUCCAAGCUCGGCAAGUCUCUUGAUAACCAGUAA